GUGCUGUUCUCACCCGGGCUCCCCAGCCUCAGCCCUGCUGCCUCCUGGACAAGCGCUCUCCUGGGCAGGUUGCUGGUCUGGGGCCAAGGGGAGGGCCAUACGGGGGACUCCGGGGCAGCCUUUGUCCCAGGCACCGAGCGCCGCACUCCAGGAAAUCUGAUAAAGGUUUCUGUGUGCCAUGUGCCGUGACACGGAACAGAAGAGAACAGCUGUCACCCAUCAUUAUACAUCUGAUGUCACACAGGGCACUGGUCACCCUUGUUUGUCACUGGAGAUGCUGACUGAAACAGGAAUCAGCAUCUCCUGUGACUUUGCCGAAGAUCUUUUUCUCUCCCAUUGAAACUGCUGAUCUGGCCAGUCUGAAAGGUUGGAGGAGGAAUGGAGUACAAAGCCAAGGUCGUCGCAGGUCUCCUAGCAGCCACCUGUGUCUUCGGUAUCAUUGCCCUCAUACUGAGUGCCGUAAAUGUGAAGGAUGUGUUUCUGCCUCCCGGCACUAAGUACGGAAUGGUGUUUGACGCUGGCUCCACGCACACGGCUCUCUACAUCUACCAGUGGCCUGCGAACAAGGAGAAUGGCACAGGCAUUGUCAGCCAGGUGGAAAUGUGCACCGUGAAUGGAUCUGGCAUCUCCAGCUACGCAGAUGACCCCGCUGGGGCUGGAGCCAGCCUGAAGCCCUGCCUGGACAAGGCCAUGACGCUCAUCCCUGCAGAGCAGCAGCGGGACACCCCCGCCUACCUGGGGGCCACAGCGGGCAUGCGGCUGCUGAGGAAGCAAAAUAGCACAAAAGCUGAUCAGGUCUUCGCUGAGGUCACCAACGCCAUACGAGAGUACCCAGUGGACUUCCGUGGAGCUCAGAUCCUCACAGGGAACGAGGAAGGCUCCUUCGGCUGGAUCACCGUCAACUACCUGCUGGAUACGCUCAUCAAGUUUUCCUUUGCAGAAAAAUGGGAACAUCCACAGGACACGGAGGUUCUGGGAGCUCUGGACCUUGGAGGUGCUUCAACACAAAUAACCUUCCAGCCCGGAGUAACCAUUGAGGACAAAAACACAUCUGUCCUCUUCAGGCUGUAUGGCACCAACUACUCGCUCUACACCCACAGCUACCUCUGCUAUGGGCAGAUGCAGGCCUUGAAGAUGCUAAUGGCAACUCUCCACCAGGGCAACCUGUCUUCCCAGCACAUAUCGCACCCCUGCUACCCCAGGGAAUACCGGGAGAACGUCACCAUGGCAGAGCUCUACAACAGCCCCUGUGUCUCCGCACCGAGCACACCCAGCCCUGCACAGGUCCUCACGGUAACGGGGACAGGGGACCCGGCGGCGUGCAGCGCUGCCAUGCAGAAACUCUUCAACUUCACCUGUGGGACCAACAGGACGUGCGGGUUCAACGAGGUUUAUCAGCCGCCCGUGCGGGGACAGUUCUUUGCAUUUGCUGGGUUCUACUAUGCCUUCCACUUCCUGAACCUGACCAGCCAACAGUCUUUAACCCAUGUCAACACCACAGUUUGGGCCUUCUGCAACAAGACCUGGCAAGAGCUGGUAAAGACCUUCCCGCAGGACAAAUACCUACAGACGUAUUGCUCCGUGGCAACUUAUAUCUUGACGCUGCUGGUUGAUGGCUACAAGUUCAAUGAACACACAUGGAGCAGCAUCCACUUCGCGCAGAAGGCAGCAAACGCAGACAUCGGCUGGACGCUGGGCUUCAUGCUGAACUUCACCAACAUGAUCCCCACGGAGCCUCUGGAACACCUCAAGGGGCACCAGCCCAGUCUGUGGGCAGGUGCCAUCUCCUUCAUUGUGCUGGCCAUAGUUGUGGGCCUGUUGGCAAUUCUCCUUCAGUGUUUCUGGAAAUCCAAGUAGCUCCCAGUAUCCAAGCUAGGGGCACCCUGCCCACUAAACCAGACAGGGAAAGUGGUGCAAGAGAGGGUGGAAGGGGAAGAUGGUGAAGGGCAUUAGACUCACCUCCACUGCUCUUGAGGCCCGCUUGAGCCACCUCUGUAAAGGCAUCAAAGAUGGCAAAGGCAUCUUGAGCUCCCUACGCACCUCUAAGAGGAAGAAAUGCCUGACUCCAGGAAUGUCUUCAAUCAGGCUGACAAAGGCCAACCGAGACAAGGUGGCUAGAAGAUGAAGCCAUAUAAAUUCAAACUAGAAAUAAACCUCUUUUUGUUUUUCAAACACAAAGGUUGCUAACCAGCCUAGCAGAGUUUCCAUCCAUUGGCACUUCCAGUCCUCGUGGGUUGGCUCUCCCAGCAGCCAGCCAGCUGCAGCCAUGGGAGGCAAUGGGUGCUGGAGAGCAGUGGUGACCACCUAAACGCUA